AUGAGGUUUCUUCUGUUGUUUGGUUUGCUGCUCCUACAACUGGUAUCGUAUUUGCUUUUCUGCAAGGGGUUUUUCCCAACAAAAGUGUUGUUGACACCUGCGGAGGUAGAUGAAUACAGAACACGUGAACCACAAGGGUACGUUGAACCACAACCACAGUUUGACCAGGUAGUUGUGAUGGUGAUAGAUGCAUUGAGGGCAGACUUUUUGUUUUCCAAUAAAUCACGCAUGAGUUUUGCACACAAUUUGUUAAACACGGGAUAUGGAAUUGGCUUCACUGCAUUCUCCAAUCCACCAACGGUUACAUUGCCACGGUUAAAAGGUAUAACCACCGGUUCGACCCCGAAUUUUAUCGAUGCUGUUUUGAAUAUUGCUGAAGAUGACACAUCUUCUUCAUUGGGUGAUCAAGAUUCGUGGAUUAAGCAGAUGUUUAUAAAUGGCUGGAAAAUAAACAUGUUUGGAGAUGAUACUUGGCAUAAGCUCUUUCCAAACUAUUUUGCCAAAACUGAAGGUACCGCAAGUUUUUAUGUUUCCGAUUUUACUAUAGUUGAUAAUAAUGUUACAAGGCAUCUUGACUUUGAGUUGAGUGAUGAAGGGAAAAUGCAUUGGGAUUGCUUGAUUCUACAUUAUCUCGGGUUGGACCAUAUUGGUCAUAGAGGUGGUCCAGAUAGUUCGAAUAUGCCAGAGAAGCAAAAGGAAAUGGAUCACAUAAUUGAGAGGAUAUUCAAUGAAGUUACUCUGAAGAAUCCGAACUCCCUCUUCAUUGUUAUGGGAGAUCACGGUAUGAAUGAUGUUGGUAACCAUGGGGGAUCUUCAACUGCCGAGACAUCUGCUGCCUUAAUGUUUGUUUCCCAAAAGUUCAAGAAGAAUAAACCAGACACUCACCAGCAUGCGCCUAUUAUGUGGAACGAUAAUUAUGAUUACUUUUCUAGAAUCGAUCAAAUUGAUUUAGUUCCAACAUUGUCCGAGUUGAUUGGUAUAUCGGUUCCUAUCAAUAACCUAGGCGCCUUCAUACCCCACUUACUUGAUUUAUACCAGACUGAAGAGGAAAAAAGAAACAUUUUAAUUAAAAAUGCCUUGCAAUUGAAAGUUUUAUUGGAUAAAUCACAUAAGAUGAUUUCCUCCUUUCCGAAGACGAGUAUUCCGGAACUUCUUGAAUACAUUCAAGACGCCAAGUACGAGUUAUCUAAAACAUCUUCUGCAUACAACUACUUUGAAAUAUAUGCUGGUUUAAGCGGCUAUUUUGCUCUAACCAUCAUUGCUUUUGUUUUGUUUGGAUUAUAUUUUAAGAGGAGAUUCUCUGUUGCAUUUCUUGAUGUUGUCUUCUUUGUUACGUAUUCAGCUAACUUUAUUGCUUCAUCAUUUGUGGAAGAGGAACACCAUAUGUGGUGGUUCUUUACCAGCUUAUUUGUCCUCUAUAUUGUCAUGAAACACCUGAGGUCCUCCCAUAUAAGUUGGUUCAGUGUAAUCACGAUGAUGGUUGGUCUGAGACUACUUAAAGCAUGGAACAAUAGUGGACAAAAAUAUAACAUGAAGUCCAACAUGAAACUUUCAACGUAUAUAAAUCAAAUGUCACCGAAAACUGGACCUAAUGUAUAUGGUGGAUUAUUGUUUUUAACAUUUUUAACCAUGAACAUUUUUGUGAACGUACACAUGGCAGAGGGCAUUUAUACACAUAUUUUCCAAGUCUUAUUUACUAUGCUUUCCCUCCCAAUAGGUGCAUCUAAGAUGUUGUCAUUUCUAACCGAAGCGUACGAUAUCAAUAAUGAAGCACUUAAUAUGCCAGGUUGGAGUAACAGGUUUAUUUCAACAUUGAGUGAGCUUACGCAGCUUACCGAUGUUAACAAGAUCAACAAUUUCAUAUUCUCAGUUUUACAAUUAGUUUGGUUGUCAGCACUGAUUAUUCAGCUAAUUCAGCCUAGUAUUUCCAAAUACAUCUUCAACAAUAGACGAAGCACAAGCCAUUAUCUGUCUAACAUCCUGGCAAUAUUUUCCUUCAUACUGAUUUCACAGACAAAUUAUGCCAACGUUCCAAUAUUCUUUAUUCUUUUCUUCAUUCUAAAUGGGUUCAAGGCUAUAUCUCCAAACUCAACAACUAACUCGAAUAUAUUCAACUUGUUUACUUUGCUUAUGCAAAAUCUUACCUUCUUCCAAUUUGGCUCUACAAAUUCGUUGUCUUCCGUGGAUCUUACGAACUCGUUCAACGGUUUGACCAGUUACAAUAUGUUUUUGUCAGGGCUUCUGACUUAUACUUGUAAUUGGGCAGGUCCCAUUUUUUGGACAGUUGCUCAUUUAUAUAUGACUUUUAGUAAGGUUCCUCAGGAAAAGGUACAAGCAGUUAAAUGGAAACUGCUUUAUGAUAGACUAAUUUUCAAUUUCGUCUUUUAUUCCACAUCUGGCCUCUUACUAUUGGUAUGUGCCUACCACCUAAGGUUCCAUCUAUUCAUCUGGACAGUGUUUAGCCCUAAGAUCUUGUACUUCCUAAGUUGGUUAAUUUGUAAUUUAGUUUUUGAUUUCGGCUUAAGCACUGUUAUUGUGGCAUUCUACGUCUGA